CUAGGGGUCAGCGCAGCUCGGCCCUUUGGACACCUGACUUUGAAGGUGGCAUCCCACUUUCUCCAGUCCCUAUGGGAUGAUGGGGACACAGGGGUGGAGGGAGGGUCUCAUGCUUUCUGAGUUCCUGACAGCCAGGUAAGGGGUUGUUACGGUGGAGGCUUGCCCCAUCUGAUCUUCAGUUUUGGGGGACAGCCAUGUGCCUGUUGUCUACUGGCCGUGCAGGUGUGAAGGGGGCUGGGCAUCGUCAGACCACCUGUGUGUUUAGAUUAUUGAGGCCUUGGGGGAGGUGGGGGGUUGGGCCUUUUGAAUCCCUGGUGGUUACACCAGACUGGAGAGUGAAAGGUAUGUGUAUAGUGGGUGAAUGUAGCGCUCUGUUCAUCCCAGACAUGGGUGUUACCUUUAGGACCUUGACUACAGAUGGAUGAGUGGUGUUUCGCUGGGUGGGUUGAGUCCUGUGUUGUCCUGAUGCUGAAAAGGUGACUGGUCUCAUGUUCUGGGACCCUGACUGAGGAUAAAAAGUGUGAGUAUGUCCUCCCUACCCAGGACAGGUGAAGGAUCUUGCACCAUGUUAUCUUAACAGCCAAAAAAUGAAAGGAAUGUGGGGGUCUCACCCUCCAAAGCCUGACUACUGAAAGGUGAAUAUUUUAGGGCUUGUGCACCUCCAUAUGGAAGGGUGAAGGAUGAGACUUUUCUAAUACUGUGACCUUGGCUGCAGUGGGAUGUGUGAACACUUAAUGAGGGAAUGUUAUGCUGAGUUUCAUAAAUCCAACCCUAGAUGCCACUAAACAUUGGACCCAAGAAUAUACAGCCUCUGAUGUGUAGUAAGUGAACUACAGAGAGUUGUAUUGUUCCCAUGGGACCAAAUCUGCCUGUGUUUCAGGCACACAAGUUGCGGGAGAACAGAUGUCAGGUAUAGGACUCUGCCAUUCCUAGGGCAUUUACAAUGCUGAAUGGGGACUGCAGAUGCAGUUCAAUUGUACAUAUGCAGAAUGAGUCCAGAAGCAACUGAACUCCACCGUCUCAGGAGACUCCACAGCAGAUUUGUCUGAGCCCAAGUGACUCAUCUUCCUGGUAACAUCUGACACUAGGUGCUUUGAUAUGCUAUGAAGCUCCCAGAGUUCCCUCUGACAGAGACUGCAGAUCCUAUUCCCCCUAGACACAGACAAGACCCACCUAAGCCAAGGAAAUCUUGAAAACAAAGGAGAACUGAUUUGAUAGCUAGAUCCUGCCAUAUUCUCCUUGAGCAAUUCUGGGUUGUGCAUCCCAUGCAGCCACAACCUUACUGGGCCACAUCAUGUUUCUAUUCCUUGCUUCCUUCUGGGUCGCUUCUCUGCCAUGUUCGGAUUGGUCCCAAAACACACUGCAAAUCUGAACCAGGGUAACUAGUCUAGCUGUCUGAAGCAGGGUCGUGUGCUUCUUUUUAGGUCAGCGCAUAAGCAAAGGUUUUCUUGGUAAGCUGUGCCUUACAUUUGGUCCUAAACAGAAUCAGGCUUAGACUCAGCCUGAUCUCAUCUGGCAAGGAAUGCCACAGCUGGAGGUCUGCCACUGAGAACACUGCCUCCAGCAACCCAAUAAUGUAAACGUGGGUCUCUCUGUACACAUACAUGGAGGCUAUUCCAGAUGGUAGGAGGUGAAGAGGAGAAGGCUCUCAUGUCAAGGUCAGUGAGACUGGAGAAGAGCAGAGAGGAGGCCAGCUAGACAAGACAAGGUAGAGAAAUAGACAUGGUUUCUGAAACAGACUGGUGCAAAUCUGUGGAGGGUUUUAAAACCAAGGAGAACAAUCUUGAACUGGAGCCUGGAUUACUUCAAACAAAUUACAUAACGUGUUAUCCUCUCUCCAUGCUUUUUAGGCAAGGAUAAUAAAAAAAAGCAAUUAACUCCUCCGGUAAUAAAAUUACAUAUGUAUUUUUCCAUGUGAGCACUAGAGAAUAUUCCAGCAAAGCACAACAAAUACUCAAGGUGCUUUCAGUAAAACACUCUAAAGACCUUUAGUCCCCUCCUCAACUCAUCUUUGACGCUAGAAUCACAGUCUUACAUUUAUGCUUGAAUGCACUGGGGAAAGAUCUGGCCGAUGCAUUUGUCUGGUAAUAAAAGAUUAUGGCAUCAGAUUGCCUGCUAGGAAUCUUGCAACUAAGGAAAGGAGGAAAUUAGCCCCAUCUUAGAAACCCGUCUCCCAGCACACUCAUGUCUGCUGCCAAGACCAAGCAUGUGGGUUAGUGCUGACACUGACCUGGCUGGCACUGAUUUUGCAAUGUUUAGUUCUUAAACUACACUGUACAGGUAAUUCCACUCUGCAUUCUGUCUGCUGUUAAAAUGUUUGUGAAUAUGGUACUGUGGGGUUCCGUGGUUUUUGUGUUUCACUGAUACUAGAUCUGAAUGGUCUCAACUGCCUGCUAUGCAAGCUGAGAGGUACGCUCUCUGGCUUAUACUUGCCCAUCAUCAGAAGCCCAAUAUCCCCUUCUCUUUCAUGGCAGCUGUUGCACUUCAGUUUGCUUCUGCAGCAUGGAGUUUUAUCAACAACUAGUGCUCCCCUUCACCUGCUCAGAGAUUGAGAAUCGUUCUUCUGUAAGUGUCUCAGCUCCCACUAGUCCAAUAUCAUUUUGUUAACUGCGGCAGGACUGCUGGCGACAGUUGCUCGUCCAUUUUGACACCAUAGAGCAUUCUUGUUCUUCCCCUGAGACCAGGGUAAAUAGCUGCCUCUGCUUGUCUGCUACAGCACACUGGCCACCCAGCCCUUUGACUGCAUGUGAGAAAUGGCAAAUGCCGAAGUGAGUGUCCCUGUGGGGGAUGUGGUGGUUGUACCAAGCGAAGGAAAUGAAGGGGAGAACCCGGAAGAUACCAAAACCCAAGUGAUACUGCAGCUACAGCCAGUGCAGCAAGGGAUUUACGAAGAGGGCUCUGAGACCAGUGCCGCUGUGGUGGCUGUAGAAACACAUACCAUACACAAACUAGAAGAAGGGAUUGACCCCAGCACCAUUGAAACCAACGAGGAAAUUGAGAUUGCCUACCCCAUCACCUGUGGGGAGAGCAAAGCCAUUCUCCUCUGGAAGAAGUUUGUCUGUCCAGGAAUUAAUGUCAAGUGCGUCAAGUUUAAUGACCAGUUGAUCAGCCCUAAGCACUUUGUUCACUUGGCUGGCAAGUCUACCCUGAAGGACUGGAAGAGAGCCAUUCGCCUUGGAGGAAUCAUGUUGAGGAAGAUGAUGGACUCUGGGCAAAUCGACUUCUACCAGCACGACAAGGUUUGCACCAACACCUGUCGAAGCACCAAAUUUGAUCUCCUGAUCAGCAGUGCCAGAGCACCGGUGCCAGGGCAACAGACAAGUGUGGUGCAGACGCCCACAUCAGCUGAUGGGAGCAUCACCCAAAUCGCAUUGUCGGAGGAGAGCAUGGAGGAGGGGAUUGAAUGGAACUCUGCUCUGACGGCUGCUGUCACCAUGGCCACUGAGGAGGGCAUCAAGAAGGACACAGAGGAGAUUUCGGAGGACACGCUGAUGUUCUGGAAAGGAAUAGCCGACGUGGGGCUGAUGGAAGAGGUCGUCUGCAACAUCCAGAAAGAGAUAGAAGAGGUGCUGAAAGGUGUCCAGCAGAGGCUCGGCCAGUCUCCCUUCCAGAUCACAGAUGCUGCAGUCCUGAAUAAUGUGGCCCACACUUUUGGCUUGAUGGACACAGUCAAGAAAGUUUUGGACAACAGAAAAAGCCAAACAGAGCAGGGAGAAGAGCAGUUUCUUUAUACUUUAGCAGACCUGGAACGCCAGCUGGAGGAGCAGAAGAAGCUCGCCAGAGAUCAGAAGAUAAAGUCUCAGACGAUCCAGAACGUGGUGCUGAUGCCAGUCAGUGCUCCAAAACCCCCUAAGAGACCUCGUCUGCAGCGCCCGGCCUCAGCCACAGUCUUGAGUUCUUCCACCCCCGUCCAGCAGCCUCAGUUCACAGUCAUCUCACCCAUUGCCAUUGCCCCUAUGGGACAGCAGUUCUCAGUGGGCAACAUUCCAGUGGCAACCAUCAGUCAGGGAUCCAGCCCAGUGACUCUCCACACCUUGCCAUCCUCACAGCUCUUCCGAUAUGCCACCGUGGUGUCUUCCUCUAAGUCCAGUUCAUCUGACACCGUAACCCUUCAUCCGUCCUCGAGCUUGGCCCUGCUGAGCUCAGCUGCUAUGCAGGACAGCGGUGGCCUGGCUAACAUGGCCACAGUGGUGAACCCUGUGGAACUGGUGGCCAUGGAGUCUGGCCUGACCUCUACCAUCCAAGCUGUUGAGGGCACCUCAGAAGAUGGACAGACCAUCAUAGAGAUAGACCCAGCACCAGAUCCUGAAGCAGAGACUGAGGAAUCGGAGGGCAAAGCUGUGAUUCUGGAAACUGAGCUGAGGACAGAGGAGAAAGUGAUGGCAGAGGUUGAGGACCAUCAGCACCAGUCCAAAAACGGAAAAAGCUGGAGAAACAUGGAGAGGCCCAAGAAAAGGCUCCAUCUCCAUGGAGUGAUGGACAAAAUCAACCGUUUCUGCAGGGAGGAAGGAGGAGUGAUUCUGCAGACCAGAAGGGGAGAGCACCUCUCCUUCCUGAGAGCACACAGUGAUACAGUCCAUAGUCUCGUUUUUGCCCAGGCCUGGUCAUUGCUAGGACUAUUUUAUUUGAGAGAGACUCUCUGGCCAGUAACUGGAGCAUUGAUCUUACUGCUGGAAGGGGUUGAUUAUUGCUUUGGGGGAAACAGGUACCUCAUUUUUUAUUUUUUCCCAGGGAAGGGAAUUCUGUCCAACUCCUCAUUAUCAACUAUGCUGGUAUUUUGCUUUUGGCAAGGAAACAGCAACCCUGACUGUAGCGUUCAUUGUCCCCUUUCCCACACCCUGUGGUUUUUGUUGUUUGUUUUUGUUUUUGUUUUGCUUUGCUCUCCCUUCCCCUUUCCAGAUCUGCUGGCUGCUAAAGUGCUUAAGCUGCUUUUGGAUUCUGUCACCCAAAUCCUGCUUCUUUCCUUCCUGGCCUUCUCCCUCCCAGGCCUUGUAAGUUUCUUUGCCGCAGGACACUGUUACAAGACACUGCUCGCUUAAGCCUGGUGCCUAAAGGAGAAGAAUCAACCCACUGGUAAAAACACAGCCCUCCCUUUAGCAUAGCGCUGACCUCCUGGAUGUAUAAAGCGUGUGUUGUGCUGUUGCUUCCUGGGAGAGCUGGACUCCACGGGGCAGGAGCCCAUCUGUUUAUGCCGCACGCUGGAAACUGUACUUGCUAGUUGCUACAUGUUGGUGUGUGAGUUUUUUCUUUUUUUCCCUUAAUCUAUUUGCAGGAUUAGAACAGGCAUAUUAUUUUAGCGUUGUGACUGCCUCAGCAUUCCCCCCCCCCCGCCACUUCUUUAGUGGGGGGGCUCUUUUGUUUCUUUGUGGGGCGAGGAAGGGAAGGAGGGAAACUAUUUUUAGUUCAACUGUUGAAUUGUGGGGAAUUGGGAGGGCUGGGGGAAAUCUGCUUGGUUGAAAUAUAUUAAGCAAAACAGUAACAACAGAAGUAGACCCGGAGUGGGAGGAGGAGGAGGUGUGUGGUUAUUUUAUUUUAUUUUUAAAUUUUUUUUUGCAUUAAAAGGAAAAAUCUAAAUGCAUCUAGAUUAUUAAUGGGAAGGACGACCGGUGACUUUGUUGUUUGUAUUUUAAUAGCACCUCAAUCCAGAUUGGGGCCCUGUUUUGACAGGCACUGCGCCUCCUGCACAUAGGAAAUAGUCCAUGAAUAUAGCACUUAUACUGUAAACAAAGGAAGGGAGAAAGGAAAUAUUUAUUAAAAGACAGACAUUAAAGGCCUGAUUUUCCACUCGACUGUAGCUUGUCAGUGGGCAAAGGGGGUGUAUGAUGCUACCAUUCUGGGUUGGUAGCUUUUUAUACCCACUUUGCACGGAUAUAAAUAAUGCAAGGUGCAAGGCAGGGAGAAUGGGCCUUUGACUUGCCCCUAUUUGCACAGGUGUUCUUAGGAAGAGCUGGUAAUUGAACCAGGGCUUUGGAGCGGAGCCCGGAGCUGGAGCGUGGAGCAGCUCUGGAGCAGUGGAGCUGCAGGUUUUUGCCUGGAGCUGGAGCAGAGCCGGAGCACAGCUCCAAAGCCCUGAAUUAAACCCACAUCUCUUGAGUGCCAGACCACAGCUUUAACCAC